GUCCACUCCUGAGAAGAUUGUGUCAUUGCAUGAACACAUCUGAAUGCUCCAGACCUGCAAACUGCCACAACUUCUCGUUUUAUAGAGAGCAGUGAGAUGGACAGCGGGGAAGCUCACGCCCAGCGGCCGGUCACCUUGGACAUCGCCGUGGAGGAUGUAAACCAGGAAGUCUCAGCUCCGGCCCCUUCUGAGGCGACCAUAGGUCAGACUCCACCCACAGACGGCGGUUUGCCCCAGGAGGACAGCAUCGAUCUAGGUCGGGACUUUGCCACACCACAGGACGACAGCAGUGCCACACCCUCAGAGAGCCUCAUGGACAAGCUCAACGACCAGAUGAUGGAAAGCGUCAUGAUUUCUGAAUCGCCCAAUAACAGCGAGGAGGAUGACGUGGUGCCCAUCGAUUCUCUCCUGGAUGGAGGUGAGGAGGAGGAGAACGUAGCGGAGGGAAACCAAGAGGAGCAGAGCGAGAUCGGACAGAAUACGACUGAGAUUAAAGUUUCGGUGGAGGAGCAGGAGGAAGGAGGCUUGCAGGAAAAACCAGAGGAGCUGGCGACCAGCGCCGUUUCCCCGGGUGAGGUGAAGAGUCCGUCUGACAGUCGCAGCGAGGAAGCGGCACCGGAGAUCGCCAGAGCGACCAAACCGAAGGACGAGCCUGUCCCCGUGUGCACCAUAUUCAGCCAGGGCACCCAGCCCAAGUCUCUAGUGCCCGACGGCUUCCAGCCCACCCUCAUCAAGUCGCCCAGCUUCAGCAUGGGCGGCGGCGAAGACGUCGUGACGCCCAAUAAGAUGGGAGGGCCGCUUGUGUGCCAGCCUAGCCCGAGCCUCAGCAAGUUCUUCACAGAUAAUGGACAGACCAACCCGGCGUCCGACUUCUUCGACUCCUUUACCGCCCCCUCCUCCUUCAUCUCCGUGUCCAACCCCAAUGCGGAGAUCCCUCCAGGCUCCGCCCACGCACCCGAGCGCCAGCUCUCCUCCACCUCCUCCUCCAUCUCCACCCCCGGAGGGACCCUGGACUCUGGCGCUCCCACGCCGAGCUCAGCGUUCACCCCUGCUGAACCAUCCCCCAAGCUCCAGCCACCCACACCUCAAACAGCCUCGGCUCCAGGCUCCGCCCCCACCUCAGCUCCAGCUGCCCCACCACAGCCCUUCAACCAGCUGUUUUCAGGCAGCGACGACCCGUUCGCGACGGCGCUGAGCCUGAACGAGGCGGACAGGCGCCACGACGCCUGGCUGCCGUGCGAGGAGACCAGAAAGGUGCUAAUCUCCGUGGCAACGCAGCAGUACGGCCCCGCCUACUUGGAGAGCAGCAGACUGACCAUGCCAGGACUCAAGUUUGACAACCUGCAGGGCGACGCCGUCAAGGACCUCAUGCUCCGUUUCCUGGGAGAGGCGGCGGCCGCGAAGCGUCAGGUCCUCACAGCCAACUCCGUGGAUCAGUCCUUCAACGGCCUCAAACAGCUCAUUAGCAGUAAGAACUGGCGUGCCGCGGUGGAUCUGACGGCCCGGAUGCUGACGGCUCACGGUCAGGGAUACGGCAAAGCCGGCCAGCCGACCUCCCACACCACCGACUCGCUGCAGCUCUGGUUUGUGCGGCUUGCUCUGCUCACCAAGCUGGGCCUUUUCCAAAAUGCCGAGCUGGAGUUUGAACCCUUCGGCAACCUGGAUCAGCCGGACCUCUACUACGAGUACUACCCCACUGUGUACCCAGGCAGGAAAGGCUCCAUGGUGCCAUUCUCCAUGCGGCUGCUGCACGCCGAGCUCCCACAGUACCUGGCUAAGCCCCAGGAGGCCCUGGACCGCCUGCACCACCUCAAAACCGUCUGCCUCACCAUUCUGGAGAACCUGGAGACGGGCUCAGCCGAGGACGGCAGCAUGAUCACCUUAACGCAGGAGAACAGACAAGCGUCUUUAAAGCUGUGGAGGUCUCGCCUCAGCCGGGUCAUGUACUCCAUGGCCAACUGCCUGCUGCUGAUGAAGGACUACGUUCUGGCUGUGGACACCUAUCAGUCCAUCAUCCAGUACGAACCCCAGCAGAGGGCGCAGCUGCUCAGCGGCAUCGGACGCAUCUUCCUACAGAUCGGAGACGUUAAAACUGCAGAGCGAUUCUUCCAGGAUGUGGAGAAGUCCGGCCAGGUGAAAGGCAGCCAGCAGGCUCUCGCCACAUGCGUGCUAAUGAACAGGGCCUUCGUCCACCUCAGUCAGAACAACUACGCCGAAGCACACGCCUCCUUCAUCGAAGUGCUAAAGAUCGACCCAAAGAACCCCGUGGCCAACAACAACGCGGCGGUGUGUCUGCUCUACCUGGGCCGCCUGAAGGAAUCGCUGGGCCAGCUGGAGGGCCUGGUGCAGCAGGACCCGGCGCAGUACCUGCACGAGAGCGUCCUCUUCAACCUGACCACCAUGUACGAGCUGGAGUCGUCCCGCAGCACGCAGAAGAAGCAGGCGCUGCUGGAGGCCGUCGCCUGCCGGGAGGGCGACAGCUUCAACACGCAGUGCCUCAAGCUGGUCUGAGAGGAGGAGGAGCUUAGUUUGACCUCCCAGGCACAAAACAGCUGGUUUUAUUGUCACUAAACAGAUGAAGGGCACCCAAUCAUCAUCAUCAUCCUCACGUUAACCCACAGGAGCAAAGCCUGCAGCAGCGUCCUCCAGCGCUGCACAACCACAACCCGAAAAUCGUGUCCUCACCCCCUCACCCCCCUCUGACUGCUGAAUCACACCAGAGCCAGUCUGUGUCUCCAGGUUCAACACACAGGUUUUUAAAAACAACAGAUCUGAGGGUAAAUAUGCAGAAUCUGCAGGAAAGAAGCUCGCCGGUUUCCAUUUGUAGUCCAUUUAACUGGACUACAAACUGGCCAACCAUGUUUGAGUCAAAGGUUAAAGAGGGAACAAAUUUACUGAAGCACAGACAUCAGAGACCUGCUCCUUUUUUUUUUUUAGUGGCGGCAGGAAGAAUUUUCAAAAUAAAAGCCCCAGUGCAGAGCAAAGUCCAGAAUAAAAUCCCACAUCGGUGUUUCCCUGGUCAGAUGGCAGGACGGCUUCAUGUUUAUCACACAUUUUAACUUUAAACGCCAGUUUAAUUCAGGCGUGGCAGGAAGUGCACCGGGACGAAUGUUUCCCACCUCGCCUUUUAAUUUGAAGUCUGAGCCCACUUUGUGUUUUGGGAGGAACAGACGGGACGCUGGGGGCGGGUUGUCAGAGACUCCAGCGGGCAUUAUCCUGAGGCGCUCUGCAGACCGGACAGCUUCAUUAACUGAGAUCGACCCGCUCGUGUUUAACAUGCACAUAUCAGCAGCAGGGUUUCCUUUGAGUCACCAAUUAUUGUAUUUAAGUGAUUUGUGUUUACUUCCUGUGCUGAUCAUAUUUAUGUAAAUGAAAUAAAAUGUGGUUUUAUGUGAAA